GCGGUUUUUGCGGUGUUGCCAUUAACGUGUUGAGUUGAAAAUGGCGUCGUAAAUGCACUAGUUACUGUAGUCAAAAUGGCGGCUCGGUAAAACCGUUUCAGAUUAAGUGUGUAUUACUCAAUUCGCGUGAACGAGAUACUUCCUCAUUUCAUAGCCGAAUUUAGAUAUUCACAAAGUUAUCAUAAGCAGAUAGAAAGAUGGAUGGGACAAGAGCUCUUCUAAGUAUCAUCUUGCUCUUGGCAGUAUCACUGUCACUAGUUUCAGGUGAUGUUCUGAGCAUGGGAACGAUGAUUGAUUGGGAAGAUGAAAGCACACACUCCAUCUUUGAUGUCAUGACUAGAUUCAAUCUAUAUGGUUGUUAUUGUGGAUUCGGUGGACAAGGUGUCCCUGUUGACAAGAUUGACUGUUGUUGUCGGGACCAUGAUGAAUGCUAUGAUAACCUAGCAAAAGAUGGGACCUGUCUCAGUGGAGAUACAGGAGUGGGCAAGGUCUACAAAUACACCAAGGUUAACAACGAUGGCAAACACACUGUCCAGUGUAAGCCCAGUUCAGACACGUGUGCAGAGAAGAUAUGUGCAUGUGACAAGGCCUUGGCAGAGUGCUUCUCUACAAAUGAACCAUACUAUAACAGCGCUAACAGGAAUUACAAUAGAGGUAGAUUGUGCGGUAAACAAAUGGCAAAAUCCUGUCCAAAUUUCAACUAGAAACCGUAUUACCCAGGAGGAAAGAUUUUCCAGUAAAGAUCUUCUUGCAAAAGAUUUUUUUUUUCAUUUGGGAUAAAACUGGAUUGGUAGAGGUAAUUUUUUUUCUCCAACCUAGUGCAUCCCUUUUCAAAAGUCUACAACUCAAAACCGUCAAACUUACGGUGAUGAAAACACUGAAUGAUAAGAAUCUAUUUUCAAAUAGUGUUUGAGGAAGAUGUGUUUAGUUCAAUCAUCACAUCUUCAUCAUGUUCUCAGUAUAGAAAUUUCAGAAUGUCGAGAGGUGUACAGCCUCCAUGGGUCACGAUAGGGUAGGUACAGGGCCAUUUAUACAUAGAGUUUGGCCAAUCCGGUUCGACUUGGGCAUAUUAUGACGAAUAAAGCUUUGUUGGACAAAUUACUAUAUAAC